AUGGUAAGAGGCAUCCAGGCUGAACUUGCCAAUGUCUCCUACACAGAAUUCCGCCUACUUGCCUUCCCCGGCCUCCAGGAAUCAACCCGGCACUUCUUGGCCAUCCCAUUCUUCUGCCUGUUUGUCAUGAUCGUCACGGCCAACUCCAUCCUCAUCUACAUAGUGAAGUCGGAGAAGAGCCUCCACUCCCCCAUGUACAUGCUCAUCGCAUUGCUCUUUGCUGUCAACACUGCUGGGGCCAUCAACAUCCUCCCCAGAAUGGUCCUCAGCUUCAUCCUUGGGGCCACUUUCAUCUCCCUGACGAGCUGCCUCAUACAGAUGUUCUUUAUUUACGCUAUACUUAUAUUUGACUGCAAUGUCCUUCUUAUGAUGGCUCUGGACAGGUACCUGGCCAUCUGCUACCCACUGCGCUAUGCAGACCUCAUGACUAACAAACUCCUGGCUCUGCUAGUCCUCGUCUCCAUGCUUCGCAGUGUCUUUGUCGUCACUCCAGUGGUGAUCUUGGCUUCCCGAGUGAGCUUUUGCCGUUCCAACAUCAUCGGCCACUUUGCUUGCGAGCACAUGGCCCUGAUGAGGCUGUCUUGCGGCGACAUCUCCAGGAACAAGAUUGUAGGGAUGCUGUUGAGAUCCCUCACCAUAAUUUUCGACGUUAGCUUCCUCCUGGCUUCCUACAGUCAGAUCAUCCACACGGCGCUCAAGAUCACAUCAGGCACCAUCAAGCACAAAGCCUUCCACACUUGCGGAACUCACCUCAUCGUCAUCAUCAUUGCCUAUUCCACCACUUUGUCUUCCUCCAUUGUUUUCCGAGUGGCCAAAGCAGCCUCAGAAGACGUCCACAACCUGCUAAGUGUCAUCUACCUGCUCUUCCCAUGGGCCAUUAACCCUUUUAUCUAUGGCAUGAGAACCAAAGAGAUCAGGAGUAGCCUCUUGAAACUCUUCUGGAGAAAAUGCGUGGGCUUGGCUUCUACGAACAAGAAGAGGUGA